UUGUUAAAUAAAAAAUCGGUGGAACUUAGAGAGUUUUUUACAUAGUGGGUCUAGCGCUAAUUCAAGAAAUAUGUUAAAUUUUUUCCUUGAAUUAGCGCUAGACACACUAUGUAAAAAACUCUCUAAGUUCCACCGAUUUUUUAUUUAACAAAAUCAAACUUACUAAGCAGCCAAUAAUGAAUUCUAAAUAUUUUAAUGUAUGUCUAUUUUUUACCUCGUGGAACUCUCUCUAUUAUAUGCGAUUUUGCUUUACUUUUUCUAACUAACUAAAAUCAGUUAAGAACAGACCGGGUGACUUUGUACGUUUUAAUAACUGAUGAAAAAUUCGUAAAAAAUUGAUGGAACUAAGAGAUCUUUUACAUAAUUUGUCUAGUACUGAUUUAAUUGAUACUAUUCAAAACUACUCCACUAUUUGAAGUAUCAGAGUAUCUAUAGAUAUCUAAAGUGGAAUAAACAAGUGACUAGUUAGUAAAUAUUAAGAAAAAUGGCUCGGUCGGUUGAUCCGCUUCUAACUUUGUAGUUGAUUGACAAAACGACCAUAUUACGAAAUCGAUAUUCUCACAAAAAAAGAAAAAACUACUUUUUACCAAUAGCAUUUGUUUCCGUUCAUUUACUUUUACUUCUUCAUUUUAGACAGCAAUGUGCGUAUGGGGAGGAUGAGUAUAGUUGUGAUCAACUUGAAUUUAGCUCGUGUUCAUCGGCGGUCGAUUAUCGCUGUCGGAAUGGUAUGUGUGUCGAUCGUGCAUAUAUAAACGACGGUUUUUUCGACUGUAUGGAUGGUUCAGACGAACAUCGAGUUGAAGAGCAGCGUUUUCACACAUGUGAUUUUCACACGUCGUUUGAGUGUGAUAAUCGUUUAUGUUCACCAGAACAAGCAUCGUGUGGCUAUGGAAGAUGUAUCCAUUGGCUAGACGAAGGUUCAUCGACAUUUGAGUGUGCGAAUCAUCGUGAUGAAAUAUCCCAGUGUAUCGACAGCGAGCAACUAAUUCCGUGUAAAAUUAACGGGAAAUGUGUACCAAUACAGUAUUAUUUUGAUCAAAAAAUCGAUUGUGACUAUGGAGAAGAUGAGGAUCCAAGUUAUUAUUUUAAUUUUGAUUUCGAGCCAUGUUUAUCCGUUUACUAUUGUCUAUUAUUUAAUGGGCGAAGUUACAAUGUUUGUCAAACAUACAUGAAAAAUCCACAGGACAUUCGAUUCUAUUGCAAUCAAUCAUCGUUAGUAAAAAUGAAUAGAAUCGUAGUCUAUGAGCCGUUAUUUCAGCGUAAGUUAUACAUAGACACAAUGAAAAUUGAUACGCUUCUGGCUCAAUGGGAACCCAUAUUCAAUUGGACACUUAAUUAUAUCAAUGAGCUCAACUCUUCGGUUGAAACGUCCACAAGCAUGUCAGUUACAGAAGAACAAACAACACAAGAAUUCUAUAUGGAAACAACUGAAUUAAGUUCAUUAUCAACGCUUUUUGAGCAAAAACUCAUAGAAAAAAUUAAUUUAUGUUUAAAACGAUACAACGACUUUUACUUUAAGUAUUGUUGGUUCGAUUUCUACAGUGAUGACCUGCUUCGACAACUAAACUUAUCCUCAGUUGUUUGCGUUGACAAUACCAUCUUUUUAUCGCCAAAUCUUGUUAAUUUAACACAGAGUCUAUGCUUUCGCUAUGAUGACUUGAAUCAAUUACACUAUUCAUAUUCAACUGGAGUAGCCUUCGACUGGUUCAUUCGUUCAACAGCCACAACCUCUUCCACAUCGACUUCUCAGACGUGCAGUCAAUACCGAUGUCUGUUAACUGGCGCAUGUAUUUCUCUUACUCGGUUAUGUGAUGGCUACCUGGAUUGUAGUGACCGAAGCGAUGAAUUGAAUUCUACAUGUUCGAAUGUUGCAUGUUCAGUAGACGCCGAUUCGUUUGGUCAUCGAAAAUAUCGAUGUGCGAAUGGUCAAUGUGUAAGUGAGCGACUAGUUGGCGAUGGUAUCCAACAAUGUGAUGAUGGGAGUGAUGAAUAUAUCCUCUAUGGUUGUUCAUACAGUUGUCGGUGUUCAAACUCGAAACCACUUCAACUAGCGCAGAUAUGCGAUGGUCAGCAAGAUUGUUUGGAUAAUGGAGACGAAAUUGGAUGUGCCGAUGCAAAUCCGAUCAUUCAACAUAUUGUUGCACAACAGAAUUCAUGUUUACCAUUUAGAACGUAUUGUGAUGGGUACAAACAUAUGCCAAAUGCGGUGGAUGAGAUGCUUUGUGAAGAUAAUCAGUGUUCAACAGGUAAUCGUUUUCAGUGCCGAACAGGUCAAUGUAUCCCGUUGUCAUGGAAAUGUGAUGGUUUCUGGCAUUGUACUGACGGUUCGGACGAGUAUCAGUGUACACCCGUAACUGAUUUAAAUGUGACAACCAUCGGUACAACAUGUAAUACGAGCACAGAACUCGCAUGUUAUGAUGGAUAUGGUUGUGUCAAAGUAGAGAAAGCUGGUGAUGGUAUAGUUGAUUGCAACGAUGGUAGUGAUGAGCGAAAUCGGUUACAAUGCACGAAUGGUGGCUUUAUCGGCGAUCGUUUCCGUUGUGAUGAUGGAAAUUGCAUUAGUCGAUUAUGGGUAUGUGAUUCACAAUCGGACUGUAGUAGUGGCUCAGAUGAAGCAUCGUGUUCAUGGAAUCAGAUGUGUCCAAACAACUUGCGUCCCUUUCGGUGUUUGAACAAAACCAAUAAUGAAUCUUGUGUGCGUGAAAUUGCUCAUUGCAAUGGCAUUCAGGAUUGUUUUGGAGGUGUUGAUGAACAGAGUUGUCCAUUCUCAUCCUGUACAGAUAAUGGAGAAUCUCUCUGUUUUGCUAGUACUGGUUUACAAUGCGUAUCCAAUAAAGUAGUUUGCGAUGGUAUCUGUGAUUGUGGACAAUGUGAAGAUGAACAAAAUUGUUUUUCGGUAGGAAACGUAUUGAAUGCUUGGGAACAAUUUGCGAAUAUCUGUUUACAACUAACGGCAUCAUCCGUAACAUCUAGCACAGAUAGAUGUUUUCAAGACCAUUGUUUGACUAGUGGAUACGAUUCCUAUUGUGGUAACGGAAUGUGCACCAAACUAGUAUUUUUAUGCGAUGGAAUAAGACAGUGCCCAAAUGGUGCUGAUGAGUUGAACUGUCUUACCACAACCCUGACCACUACUACAACAACAACGACAGCAAGUGUCACUACGAUAAGUACAACUGUGAUAACAUCAGCUAUUUACAUUCCUCUCACGUCAGAAUCAAUGUCAACAACAGCAUUGAAUCGCAGUUAUAAUGAUGAACUUUUUGUUACAAUAAUGAAUACCAUGCAAUAUCCAACUGAAAUUUUAAUGGGUACUAAAAUUAUUGAAGCUAAAGAUUUAGACGUACAUCACGAGUACACAACUGAAUUGGAUACGACAAUGUCGGACACAAUAUUAACAUCGACACAGUAUAGUUUUCAAAAUAAAAAUGCUAGUAAUGACAAAUGCGAUUUGGGAGCGAAUUUUAGAAAUUGCUUAGCAGAUUUACAACAGACAGCACUAAACUCACCAUUGUGUGAUCCAUUGUAUUGUGUACGUGGUUUUUGCAUAUUAUUUUAUGAUCUUCCUGUGUGUCUCUGUUCGCCGCCUUACUACGGAUCUCGCUGUCAAUAUUACAGUUCGUACGUAUCCGUCAUAUUUAAACUUGAUUGUCUGCUGAACAGCGAACGUUUCGCAUGGGCGAGUAUGUUCGUCCUAUUAAUGUGUGACGAUAUUGUCAUUGAUUCGAUCUACUAUGAUGUCGUAGAUUUUCAAUUGCUCAAUGACAAAACAACCAUUUAUCUACUCAUGUCACGACCAAAGCCACUAAGUAUGACCAACUGCUAUGUUCAAUUUGAAAUGUAUGAUUAUUCUGAAGCAGUGGUCAGUGUCUAUGCUGAAUGGUCUUUUCCGUUGAAUUAUCCAUUUUUACCCGUUAAUCGUAUAGCUAUUGUACUACGUUCUUUAUUAUUGACUAAUAUUAGCGUUUGCAAGUACACUGCAUGUGUAAACGGUGUUUGCUCAGCAUUAAUUAAUAGUAAUUCAUCAUUUUGCUUUUGUUCUCCGGGCUGGUAUGGCAGAUGGUGUGAUAAAUUCAUUAAUCAAUGUGAGUCGUCACCAUGCUCUUCUGAGAGCACAUGUCGCGCAAAUUAUUAUCCUUUAGUUCGAGGAGGCGGUUAUACUUGUUUAUGCCCCCCGGGACGAUUCGGUCGUCAGUGCUUACUAAAAAAUCUCGAUUGUGAAUCGAAUCCAUGUCAGAAUUUUGGCAUUUGUCUACCACGACAAAAAAUAAGUGGCUACAUGUGCAAUUGUCCUAUGGAAUUUUACGGACCUAUGUGUCAAUAUUCGUCGACGCAAUUGACAAUUCGCAUUCAAAAUUUGAAACUGAACAAUACAAACGAACAACAUCUGGUUCUUCUAAGAGCCUAUGAUACGGUGAACGGAUCGUUAUUAGUGUUGGACGAUAGUCUGUUUCGAAUGCGGGAUCAGUCGCAGCAAAUUCCUGAACAAUUUUAUUUUCCUCGUAGAUAUAAUUCCACUGUAAUAGUUCUAGCCAUAUUUGAUUCGCGUUUAAAUCCACCAACUGUUGAAUGUUUUAUUCGUUCAUCAAUGGUGUGUCAAAACUCGGCGAAUAUAUUUAAUCUACCACAAUCCUCUGAUAGUGAAUUGUUCCAAUCAAUGGCGAAAGUUGCUCCAUGCGAAAAUGGUGGUUUAUGUCUUCAGCGCUACAACGAAUAUUCAAAUCGAACAUUUUCCAAUUUCAUUUGUGUAUGUCCACCGUGUUUCUACGGACGAUUAUGUCAGUAUGCAUUGAGACGCGAUACCAAUUCAUUCGAGUGGUUAGCCGAACAAAAUGACGAUGGUACAUUUGAUUCACAACAUUUAACCAUAUUUCAACAUGAUGGGAUAACAUGGUUUCGAUUAGAUUUAUAUUUGAUUAUACCUAGUCUUCUCUAUCUUUAUGCAGCCUUGAAUAAUAUACUGACGUUUUUGACAUUUCUCCUACGACCAAAAACGAGACGUGCAGGAACUGUUGCAUCUUGGCUAUCUAUGUGUAUAUCAAUUGAACGUGCCGUUUGUGUCUGUACAUUUUCGUCGAUGUGUUUGCUCUAUGUGGUUCCAUCAAGAAUCUUUCGUCAUGAAUUAAUGUCGUUAUCAUUGAUGAGCUUCAUACCAAAACGUUUUAAACGAACCAAAUCACGUCCAUCGGGUACAACGACUUUCCGACAGUCUCAAAUAACAGCAUUGUGA